AUGGCCAAUAUUCAACACACGUUUGAAGCCCUCCGUGACAAGGUCUUGGUCGAGCAGUUUCUGCUCACUUGCUCCACUAAGUUGACUAUUUUUCUCCGAGAGAGAGAAUGCCAAAGCUUGCAAGAAGUUGCGUCAAAGGCGGACCUUUUCCUAGAGGCUCAGGCCCAGCCUACUACGAGUAAGUCGAAAAUCGACGAGACGAAUAAGCAGUCUAGUGUGGCGUUAGCAGAUAAGUCUAAAACAGGAGGGGGCAGGAAAGCUUUGCGUUGCUUUUUAUGCAACAAAAUUGGGCACAAGGCGGAAAACUGUCAUGGACGUCCGCCGGCCUCCAAAGGAAUUACUUGCUGGCAAUGCGGGAAAACUGGACACCGUGCAGAUAGCUGCAGGUCAAAGCCUAACGACAAUCAUCAGGCGUCAUGUCUUUGGACGAAGUCAAGAAACGGAGAGGUGACCGAGCCCGAAGAUGGCUUUGUUACCCUCAAGAAUGGUGACAAGAUUCCGGUUGUCAACUCGGCAAUAGGACAUCCUCCCAAGUUUCUAGUGGAGAAUCUUCCAGUUCUAGAGGGAGAUAUGGGUGGCCACAAAAUAACUGUCCUCAGGGACACGGGCUGCAACACCGUCGUUGUUCGCCAAAGCUUGGUUCCGAAGGAAGCGUACACGGGAAUAUUGAGCCCGGUGUUUCUACUGGACAGAACAGUAAGGCACCUUCCCGAGGCCGAGAUUAUGGUUAGGACACCAUACUACACGGGAAAGUUAAUAGCGAAGUGUGUAAACGACCCUCUGUACGAUCUGGUGUUGGGAAAUGUGCCGCUUGUACGAGAUGCCAAUGACCCCGAUCCAAACUGGAGUUUGAAUGUGAAAACGAGGGAAGCUCAUGUGUUGGCGACAGAGCCAGCCGAUGAACAGAAGACCGGGACGGAAGGCGUCCUGGCGAAAGAGACACAUGUAGAGUCUCUAGAACGCUCUGCUGACGAAUGUUUACUCGAACGGGGCGAUAAAGAGUUCAUGGGCACCGCGGGGGCUGUGAUGAGCAAGAAACCUACAUGUCGACCCCCGCCAUCGCCUCCCGAACUGCGAGUACCUGAGGUACCACUGCUUCAAACAACUAAAGAGGAGCUCAUCCAGGAGCAAAAGAAUGACGAAACCCUGAAGAAAUGUUUCCACGACGUUGGGAAAGUAACCAAGAAGCACAGGGGCAGAACGAAGUACGAGUUUUUCAUUAGGAAUGAGCUGUUGUACAGGAGCUGUACAUACAGUUCCGGAAGAAAGACCGAUCAGUUGGUUCUCCCGAAAACGUUUCGGCGAACUGUCACCGGGAUGGCACAUGACGGAAUAAUGUCAGGCCACCAGGGCGUGAGCAACACAAUAGCAUUAGUGUCUGAAGAGUUCUUUUGGCCGGGUGUCCAAAGCGACAUUAAGAGGUACGUGCGGUCGUGUGACAUUUGCCAACGGACGGUCCCCAAAGGGAGAGUAGGCAAGGCCCCCUUAGGUACCAUGCCGACGAUUGUAACUCCCUUUCAGAGGGUGGCCAUUGACAUCAUUGGUCCGAUUGCUCCCAAAUCAGACUCGGGGAACCGAUACAUCUUAACCAUGGUGGAUGUGGCUACUCGAUCCCCCGACGCGGUAGCCUUGAAAACCAUCGGAACUCCGGUAGUAGCGGAAGCUUUAGUUGACAUGUUUACGCGAUACGGCGUACCGAGAGAGGUCCUUAGUGACCGUGGUAGCGCGUUUACUUCCGACCUGAUGAAGGAGGUGGGUCGCCUGCUGUCAGUGAGACGCCUUUUGACUACUCCCUAUCAUCCCAUGAGCAACGGGUUGGUAGAGAAAUUCAAUGGAACUUUAAAGUUGAUGCUACGUAGAAUGUGUCAGGAGAGGCCCAAUAAUUGGGACCGGUACCUGCCAGCGCUGUUGUUCGCUUACCGGGAGGUACCCCAGUCCAGUUUGAGAUUCUCUCCAUUUGAGUUGUUAUAUGGGAGAACGGUACGGGGGCCAUUAACUAUACUGAGAGAAGUGUGGUCCAACGAGGCGUUGAACGAGGAAACAAAAACGUCGUACAGCUACGUCAUGGAACUGAGAGACAAACUGGAGGAGACCUGCAAACUGGCACACCAAUGCUUGGAUGAAGCCAAGUUAAAAUACAAGGCGUAUUAUGAUCGGAAGAAAGUCAACUGA